GUUGCAUUAUGGCGUCUUGUCUGGGAUCAUCGCUACCCUUCACUAACUGCCUUCUUCGUCGACCAUCGGAACAGAGAGCAGUCACAAUUUUCGGUAGAUUCAAUCCCCCAGCAAGCCGAUAGGUAUUGGCGAAACCAGUCACUCGAACCAGAUUAUGAUAUUUACCGCUGGGAUCUACGCGUGGAGGGCAAGUUACCACUGGAAUAAGAUUCAAACACCGGUCAGCAUCACGAGAGAGACGAUACAGUGAGAUAUUUGAAGGCAGUGGUAUGUCACCCUUGGCAUUACGCUUGUUUUCAACAUCCACAUUCGCCCAUUCAAUGUAAGCCCUCGCAAGGUUCUGCAUUUGUCCAAAGAGACCUGCCAGAGAGCCAGCAUUUAUUGAGCAGACAUCCUUGAAGAGUUGACGAGCCAUAGUUAUUCGAGCUGCGUUCCUAUCAGCUGGGAGUUCUGUUCGAGAACGCUUAG